AUGGGAAGAGAUGCUGCAAUACUUGGAGUAGGAGAGUUCAAUAUAAUAGUAGCAGCUGGAUCUUUCUUCCUCGAGCAAUACUUGGAGGAGGAAGCAGCUGGAUCUUUCUUCCUCGAGCAAUACUUGGAGGAGGAAGUAGCAUUAAUGGCGGACAUAGCUGUUACUGCAGCACUGAUUUUUGCAGACGACGUAUUAUCCUAUCUCAAACAAGAACGGAAGUUCGGAAGAACUGUGCGCACUGAAAUUGAAAAAAUCAAAAAUUGGUUGGAGACAAUGCAAGCCUAUGUGAAGGACAUGGAAGGAAAAGAAAGCAAGAAGGUGCUCAAAAUACGCAUACGCCGAAUCCGAGAGUUAGCUUAUGACAUUGAGGAUAUUCUUGAUGAGUACAUGCUUUAUGUGCCACAUCGAAUUCAUAGGCAUAGACUCUCCAAUGAAGCCCGUGGAUUUUUGAAUCAUGUCAUACAUUGGAGACCACUUCAUGAGGUGAUCUCUAAUAUAAAAGAAAUAAAGAGAAAGACAGAUGACAUUUUAACCCUGGAUUUAGUUUGUCCGGCUGACACAGUCACUCCUGAAGAUGGCGAAAGUUCAAGCUCGGGUGUGGAACAUCAUUCGACUCCCCAAAUUCUUGAAGACGAAAUUGUGGGCAUUCAGAAGCCUAGAGAAGAUCUUAUUCGUCAAUUGACAGGAGGAGGAUCGAACCACUUGACAAUUUCAGUGGUUGGCCCUGGUGGCUCAGGUAAAACCCUUCUUGUAAAGAGUGUUUAUAGGAGCGAAGAAGUUCAAGGACACUUCGAUUCCCAUGCUUGGGUCCGUGUCUCCCGUUCUCCUAAAAUGAGGGAGCUCAUAAACAACAUUCUAAAGCAAAUUGGUGUGCCUGAGGAGGAGCUGAUUGUCCGUGAAGGUGUUGAUAUACAGGCUAAACUGAGGAACUAUUUGCAUCAAAAAAGGUACGUUUUUGUUUUAGAUGAUAUCUGGAGCAAAGGUGAUUGGGAACGCAUUAAAAAAGUGUUACCCAAUGGUUCCAGUGGCAUCAGAAUAAUUGUCACUACUCGGAACACAGAUGUCGCCUCGUUCUGUGCGGAGUCACAACAUUGCAUCCAUAGUCUAAAUUGUUUACCAUGGCAAGAGGCCUUGGGGCUAUUCUGUAAGAAGGCUUUUCAGACUAGUGUCGAAAAUUGUCCUCCACUAUUGGAGGGAUGGUCUCAGAAAAUUGUGAAAAGAUGUGAAGGUUUACCCGAGGCAAUUGAAGAAGUAGGACGAUGGCUGUCAAAUAAGCCACAAGUUCCAAAUCAUGAAUGGAAGAAAUUGCAUGACAGCCUUGGAACUGAUGCCGAAUAUCUUUCCAUUAUAAGCAAAAUAUUACUGCCAAGUUACGAGGACCUUCCAAGUCAUCUCAAGUGUUGUUUCUUGUACUUCAGCAUUUUUCGUGAGGACUACUCUAUUAAGCGUGGAAGGCUUAUACGCUUGUGGGUAGCUGAAGGAUUUGUGAUGAAAGUAAAAGGGAAGACACCAGAGGAGGUUGCGGAGGAUUACCUCAAGAAACUAAUUGAAAGGAAUUUGGUUGAUGUAAGCAAAUGGGAUUUUGAUGGGCGAGCAAGAUGUUGCCGAGUUCGAAACCUUGUGCUUGACUUCAUUGUUUCCAAGUCUGAGGAUGAGAAUUUUGUCUCAAUUCUUUCUGAACUGAAUGACUCGCUUUCAAGUGACAAAGUUCGACGGCUAUCUAUCCAUAAUACCAGUGCCAUUUUGUCACAGAGAAGCAGCUUUAACAGUGUUCGCUCCACAUUCUUUUUCAGCUGGAAAAACUUUUCUAACUCUGAUGUUGGAAAUGUACGUGGUUUCAAAAAUUUGAGAGUGUUAGAUUUGCAGAAUGCUCCUGUAGAUAAAUUUCCUGAAGGUAUUGAUCAUCUCUCCCUUCUAAGAUAUCUGAGUUUGAACCAUACAAAUGUGAAGGUGGUUCCCAAGUCCAUAAAGAAGCUCACAAAACUUGAAACUUUAGACCUGAAGCAAACUUUUGUGACAGAGUUGCCUGCAAAAAUCGUCCGACUUGUCAAUUUGCGACAUCUUUUAGUCAGCCGAAAGAUUUCUGCAACUUCAAACACUGUCCAAGGAGUGGAAUCGUCUGCAGCUUCAAACACUGUCCAAGGAGUGCAGUUGUCUGCAGGAAUUGGGGCUUUAACUGCCCUACAGAAGUUGUCAGUUGUAAAGCCGGACAAGCAUCGGAAAAUUAUUAAAGAGCUAGGAGCACUGACCCAACUGAGGAAGCUGGGAUUAAUAGAGCUCGAAACAAAAGAUGGAAAGGAUUUGUGUGCAUGCAUUCAAAAGAUGCAAAAUCUUUUAACUCUUGACCUAAGUUCAAUUAACAUCAUUAAUAAGUCUCUUGAUCUGGACCACAUGACUAGUCCGCCGCCUGAUCUGCAAUGUCUAUAUCUCAAAGGGCGCCUAGAAAAGUUACCAGGAUGGAUUUCCGAGCUUUGA